AUGGCUGACCAGGAUGAAACAGUGUUAAAAAAUGAAAAGUCUAAAGAAAACGGUAAAAUGAAUGAUAGUGUUCCAGAAUUAGACGAUACUGAACCACCAAAGGUUAUGAUAACUGCUCCUCCGACAAUGUCUAUAAAAAUGAUUAGUAAUAAAUUACAAAAGCCAAGUGAUGAGUUUGAUAACAAAGACUCAGAUGAUUGUCAGAUUAUCUUACCCAAGACUGAAAUUAUUGAUAUUACUGAUGAUAUUUGCGAUAAAGACGAAAUAUCGGAAGAAACUAAUGAAAUUGUUAAAGUUGGAGAUAAUAAUGAUGAUAUUAAAGAUGCACAAACAAUUAUAACUCUAAAAGAUGAGCCCAAACAACCUGAAACAGAAGUGAUAUCAGAAGAUGAAAUGCCAGUUGACAAUAUGCCCGUUGACACUGAAGCUGUAUCUGAAGAUGAAUUGCCACCAACCACUUUAGCUGACCAAACCGAAAUAGUAUCUGAUGAAGAGCUGCCUAGUGAAAACGGCACAGCCAAAACAAAAAGAUGUCAAGUUCCCGAAGAGAAAGAAGGUGAUAAUGAAUCACAGCCUGUGAAAAAAGUUAAAACUGAGGAAGUCAAACCAAUUACUGAACUAGAUAAGUUUUGGCAAGCUGUUAAAGACGACCCAUCAGACUUCGCUGGAUGGACAUAUCUGUUACAAUAUGUUGAUCAAGAGAAUAAUGUUGAAAACGCAAGAGAAGCUUAUAAUAAAUUUUUGGAACUGUAUCCAUACUGUUACGGUUAUUGGAGGAAAUUUGCUGAUUUUGAGAAAAGAAGCAACAAUAAAGAGGAGUGUGAAGAAGUCUUUCAACGUGGUUUGAGUGCCAUACCACUGAGUGUUGACUUAUGGAUUCAUUACAUGACAUACCUAAAAACGCAGCAUUCCGAUGAUGUGGAUCGUAUCCGUAGCAAGUUUGAGAAAGGCUUAGAAACGUGCGGACUUGAGUAUCGUUCAGAUCGGUUAUGGGAUCAUUACAUUAAAUGGGAAAUCGAACAGAAUAAGUUAGUCAAUGCUUUUAACAUAUACAGUCGUCUUCUUGCUACACAGACAUUGGGCUAUUUGCAACAUUUUGAAAAUUUUAAAGAGUUUGUGAACAAGAACUCACCUGAUAAGAUUUUAAAUGCUAAGGAAUAUCUUGAAUUAAGACAGCAAGUAGCUGAAAGAAUGAGGCUGAACGGAAAUGAAGAAAUGUUGACCGACGAUUCUGCACCUCCAGGAGAAGAAGAAAAUACUUUUUUAUCUGAUGUGUCAGAAAAAGAAUUGGCAUUAUUAAAAGAAAAUAUUAUUGAAUCAAAACAAAAUAUUAAUAAGGAAACUGGUAAAGAAAUAGCUAAGCGUCAAACAUUCGAAGAAGGUAUCAAGAGACCCUAUUUCCAUGUAAAACCUUUAGAAAAAUGUCAAAUAGACAAUUGGAAAAAUUAUAUCGCAUUGGAGAAGGAAGCUGGUGACCAUCAACGCAUUGUUGUUCUGUAUGAAAGAUGUCUAAUACCGUGUGCUUUAUAUGAAGAUUUUUGGUUGAGUUAUUUGGACUAUUUAGAAUCAUUAGAUUUUGACGUAAGCGAUUUAUUAAAAAGUUUAUUUUUACGUGCCUGUUUGGUUCACCAUCGAAAGUCACCAGAAUUACAUUUGAAAUGGUCAGCUUUUGAAGAAAGCAAAGGUAACUUGGACAAAGCAGCUGAAAUUCUAAAGAACCUUGACGACGCCGUUCCGCAUAUGUUGCAAAUUAUUUACAGGCGCAUUAAUUUGGAGAAACGUAGAGACCAAUUAGAUAGAGUAUGUGAAUUGUAUGAACAUUAUAUAAAUACUUCUCAUACAAAGUUCCUUACCUCUAAUAUUGCUAUAAAAUACGCACGUUUCCUUUGGAAGUGUGCAAGUAAAAUCGACAAGGCCAUCGAGUUGAUCGCAGAAAUAAUAAAUAAAGAUAAAGACAAUAUGCAAGACAAUGCCAGGCUAUUGUUGCAACUUAUUGAGCUUAAAAUGAGUGUGGAGCCAUUAAAUGAAAAAUCAGUUAUCCAAAUAUUUGAUGAAAUAUUAUCAAUGAGCAGUGUCAAUUUAGAGCAAAAAAUAUUGUUUUCUCAACGCAAAUUGGAAUUUAUUGAGGAUUAUACUUGCGAUUAUACAUCAUUGCGUAAAGCCACCAAUGAGUUCAAGAGUUACACAGAGUUGCUCGCCAAAGAGAAGAAAAAAGCUUCGGCUGCAGCCGAGGAAGAAAAAUCUAGAAUUGAAAAAGAAAUGAAAGCUAAACAGGCACAAGAGAUCGCAGCAUCCUCGAAUUCCCAGACAGCAACUACAAAUUAUCAGCCGUACAAUUCAACCGGAUAUUACCCCCAACAAUACGCCACUGGAUACAACCAGGCAGCUUAUCAACAGUACGCUCCUACUGGACAAGAUUAUUCGUAUCAGUAUCAAAAUUGGAGCUACCCGCAAGCAACAAACUACAAUCAGACUUGGGGAUCAUACAAUUACAGUGGAACUGGAAGUGGUGGAAGCGGUGGAUAUUAA